AUGCCUCGCAAAGGAAUUCACCCGCUGCUGCACAGACUCACGGUCGUGGCGACGAACGGGUCGACGCGCCGCGUGCCGACGACGGUGAAACAACUCGGGGACUACCUGUUUUUGACGCUCGACGCGAACAACCACCCGGCGUACACGGGCAAGGUGAUCAAAGGACCGGCCACGGGACAGGCGGCGAAGUUUAAGAGAAAGUUUGAUUUCUUGACGAACGCGACGCUGGGGAAGGCGAAGAAGUGA